CGGAAACAGCGAGAAGCGUCUUGGCAGCCGUUUCCAUGUGUGGCCCGUCACGUACAGUUUGGAGUAGGAAUUUGAGCAACUGUUUUGUUUUCCUCGACACGCUUAUGGCGAUGCCCGGCUCCUGUGUGGUGAUCAGUGAUGAUGAGCAAGGGUAUGACUUGGAUCUUUUCUGCAUACCGAAACACUAUGCAGAGGACUUGGAGAGAGUCUACAUCCCACAUGGACUCAUCUUAGACAGGACAGAAAGAUUGGCCAGAGAAAUCAUGAAGGAAAUGGGCGGGCACCAUAUUGUGGCUCUUUGCGUGCUCAAAGGUGGUUACAAGUUCUUUGCUGACCUGCUGGACUACAUCAAGGCGUUGAACAGGAACAGUGACCGCUCCAUCCCGAUGACAGUGGACUUUAUCCGACUCAAGAGCUACUGUAACGAUCAGUCAACAGGUGAAAUCAAAGUAAUUGGUGGAGAUGACCUGUCUACACUAACAGGCAAGAAUGUCUUGAUUGUGGAGGAUAUUAUCGACACAGGGAAGACGAUGAAAACGUUACUGCAACUUCUCAAACAGUACAAUCCCAAAAUGGUUAAAGUAGCAAGUUUGCUGGUGAAGAGAACACCAAGAAGCGUAGGCUACAGACCAGACUUUGUAGGAUUUGAAGUGCCUGACAAAUUUGUGGUGGGAUACGCACUAGAUUACAAUGAGUACUUCAGAGAUCUAAAUCAUAUCUGCGUUAUUAGUGAAACAGGGAAGGAGAAGUACAAGGCAUGAAGAACUCUUCAUUACAUUAUUGUACGCUCCAAUUUAUAUUUUGUUACUUCACAUUUGUGUUGUGAACUGAACAAAGAUGAAUUUCAACCU